UCAAAUUCUCUCUUCUUGCUUGGGCCUUAUUGACUCUUGCCUCUUCCGUCCCCGGACACGCUCACGUCGUUUCACCGAGAAGCGUUGAACCUGCUCGUCGAAUAAACUUCGGUCCUGAAUUAAAUCAUCGUACUUUUAACGCUCCUUCGAUAAAGAAGUUCGGUACUUUUACUACUUCAGAUGCUGCUGAUCCUGAAGAAAUUGCUAUUAAAUUUGUUAAAUCAAAACUUCACCCGAAAGCUGAAUUUGUGAUUAGAGAUAUCUACAAAUCGGAUCAUAAUGGUGUUACUCAUGUAUACUUAAAACAAGUUGUUAAUGGUCUAUAUGUCACCAAUGGUGACAUUAAUGUUAACGUUGACCAAUUCGGUAGAGUUAUAUCGUAUGGCGAUUCGUUCGUUAAACCUAACGCUAACGCAAAUCGACCGAUGGGUCCGAUUAAGAUCACUAAAGAUGGAGUAAAAAUAAACCUCAUUUCUGAAGGGGUUCAAUUUGUGUUUGAUGAACACGACACUAUAUACCUAAAAUCUCCUUCUACCGAUUCGAGUUCCGAUUCUGUUACUUACUCCAUUAAUAGUGAGAUUGGUCCUGUCAUUUCUCCAGAAGAAGCUUUAAAUUCCUUAGCUCACUUUAUUAAUCAAGAAAUUCCCCAUCCUGAAAAUAUAAAAUACACGGAAGUUGGCACGCUUGAAGGAACGGAGUCAUUUAUAUUACUCACCAAUGUACCAUUCGCCCUUUCCGACGUGAAAAUGAGCCAGUCCUACAUUCAAUUGGAUGAUCAAACAUUACAACUCGUUUGGGACAUUCAAGUAGAGAUGGAAGACAAUUGGUAUAAUGCUCAUAUUAAUGCUAAUAACGGUGAACUUAUCGCUCUUAUGGACUGGGUUUCCGAUGCUAUGUAUAACGUAUUUCCACUCGGUACAAAUGAUCCUUCAGACGGUUCUCGACAAAUUGUUGAGAACCCUUAUGAUAUUAUCGCUUCGCCAUUAGGCUGGCAUUCCCAGGAUAAAAAAAAUUAUACCAAUACUAUUGGUAAUAAUGUGUAUGCUCAUGAAAAUUUAAAAGGAAAAUACGACUGGGAAAAUAAUUAUCGUCCUGAAGGUGGUAGUUUAUUGGCUUUUGAUUUUCCUUUGGAUUUGACUCAGGCUCCAAAAACCUAUAUUGAUGCAUCCGUCACUAAUCUUUUUUACUGGAAUAAUAUUAUUCAUGAUUUAUUCUAUCGAUAUGGUUUCAAUGAGGUUGCCGGCAACUUUCAACAAUAUAACAAUGGCAAAGGUGGAAGAGACAAAGAUGCUGUAGUCGCCAAUGCACAAGAUGGUUCUGGAUUUAAUAAUGCCAAUUUCGCUACACCACCAGAUGGUCAGCAUGGUAAAAUGCGGAUGUAUGUGUGGGAUGUCAUUGAUCCAUGGCGCGAUGGAGAUCUAGAAUCAGGGAUUGUUAUUCACGAAUAUGCUCACGGCAUUUCCACUCGUUUAACCGGUGGUCCAUUAAAUAGUAAUUGUCUUGGAUGGGGCGAAGCCGGGGGUAUGGGCGAAGGUUGGGGUGAUUUCUUUGCAACAAUAUUACGCAUGAAUUCAUCGAAUGAUAGAAAUAGUGAAUUUGGAAUGGGAGAUUGGGCUAACGGUGGUGAAGGAAUAAGGCGUUACCCGUACUCUACUUCCUUUAAGACAAACCCAGAACUCUUUUCAUAUUUGGACAAACCAGGAUAUUGGGGUGUGCACGCUAAAGGAGCUGUGUGGGCCGAAAUUUUAUAUGAAGUAUAUUGGAACCUAGUUGAUAAAUAUGGCUUCACACCUGAUUGGUUCACUCCUGUUUUAGAUAACAAUACACCUCCGUCUUCAUCAGAUUGGUAUUCCUCCGCAUCGAAACCCAAUAAGCUAAUUCCAAGACAUGGCAAUACCCUAACACUACAACUAGUAGUAGAUGGGCUGAAACUCCAACCAUGUCGUCCAUUGUUUAUAGAUGCUCGUGAUUCAAUUAUACAAGCUGAUGAAAUACUCACAGGUGGCGAAAAUUUAUGUGAAAUCUGGCGAGGUUUCGCGAAACGUGGACUUGGCGUAAAAGCCAAAGUAAUAGGAGGAAGCCCAUGGGGCGGCGGUGUUCACAAGGACAGUUUUAAGUAG